CCGAGGAAACCGAGGCUCAGUGAAGGUUUCCUGUCCCCCUCCCAUCCCAGACUGGAUGGUUGUUCUCUGUGCUGUACGCCGGUGCUGAGGGUAGAGUCCUGAAAUCACACUUACAGCGUUGGGUAGAAAACUGUGGGAGCUUGAAGAAAUCCGCAAAUGUGGAAUGAAAAACUUCCGUAACAUCCAGGUUGAUGAAGCUAAUUUAUUGACUUGGCAAGGGCUUAUUGUUCCUGACAACCCUCCCUAUGAUAAGGGGGCCUUCAGAAUCGAAAUCAACUUUCCAGCAGAGUACCCAUUCAAACCACCGAAGAUCACAUUUAAAACAAAGAUCUAUCACCCCAACAUUGAUGAAAAGGGGCAGGUCUGUCUGCCAGUAAUUAGUGCUGAAAACUGGAAGCCAGCAACCAAAACCGACCAAGUAAUCCAGUCCCUCAUAGCACUGGUGAACGACCCCCAGCCCGAGCACCCCCUUCGGGCUGACCUAGCUGAAGAAUACUCUAAGGACCGUAAAAAAUUCUGUAAGAAUGCUGAAGAGUUUACAAAGAAAUAUGGGGAAAAGCGACCUGUGGACUAAAAUCUGCCGCGAUUGAUUCCAGCGAGUGUGAGCAGAGCCCCCAAGCAGUGCACUCAGACAUCCCGCAAAGCAGGACUCUGUGGAAAAUUGACACGUGCCACCGCCUGGUGUUUGCUUGUGGCAGUUACUAACUUUCUACAGUUUUCUUAAUCAAAAGUGGUCUAGGUAACCUGUAAAGAAAGGAUUAAAAAUUUAAGAUGUUCUAGUUCUGCUUUCUUUGUUUUAAAAAUCACUGCUUCAGUCUACUUUAAAAGAAUGGUGUUUUUUUCCUUGUCCAAAUUUAUCCAAAAUUUCAAUUUACAUUUAGACCUUAAGGUUUAAAAAAAAAAAGGUUGUGGUUCCCUUUCUUCCCCUGCCCUUGCCAACUCCUACUUUCUUGCAUUCAGUUUAUUUUUCACUCAUUCACUUCUCCAGACCCAGGCCCUGCCUGCUCCACAAAGGAGAAGAGACAGUUCUGUCUUGUCUGGUGGCUUCUCUUCUCCCGUGUUGCACUGCCCAGUGUGGGAGUUGGUUCUCCUGGCUACAAUUUAUAGCAUCCUUUUAAAAAUUUAAAAACAAAGCACCACCACUACCACCACUCCCUAAAAAAAAAGCUGUGAAACGGGAGGCCCAACUCUUAUGUAAAAAUCUGGCCAGUGUUACCACAAUAACGAUUAAAUGGCAGCCCUGAUGUCUGUGUGUGUGAUUGAACUCCAGCCUGGCCUGGCCUGCUUGGGGAAACCCUGCAAUAUCAGGUCUGUGGCCUGCCAGCCAGAGGACAAUGUGCACUUGUGUGAGGAAUUUCUCACCAGAGAAGCUCCUGAGGUCAAAGGUUGAUGCUCCUCCCUGCAGCCAUUUUAGAAGAUGUGCUGGUAAUUGCAGACAACGCUAAAGCCAGAAUAUCCAUUUGAAAUUCCACGUUCACCUGUCACCAAGCUCCAUCCGAAUGUGCCACGGAGCUCGCUCUCCAAUUCCUCAGUGCAGCAGCCCCACCGCGGCCCUCCCUCAGCACGGUUUGACCUUUUGCGGGGUUGGAAUUGGCAGGACUCGGCUAUAGCCAGCACCAGUCUGGGGUUACUGGUGCCCUGCUGGCCCCUUCCUUCGGAGCAGCUGGCCAGGCCAGCCCAGGAACAAGACGGCCUUCCCUCUCCCUCUGGACUCACAGCCUUUGCAGAGUCAAGCUCCACUUGAAGCUCUCUCAGUAAUAUCCUUUACAUGUGUUUUAUGUACAAAAACAAAAACAUUUGUUUUGACUGCCUUUUUUUGUAGAAAUAAAAAUUGACCUUAGAAUUUAUCAUCA